AUGGGUGUCUUCAGCACGACCGCAAAAUUCGAAAUCUGGACCGAGAUAAGCGGCGUGCCCCGCUCCAAGGCCAUCGCCGUCGUGCAAGACCACGGCGGGCUGCUCAACAAAGACCCCUUUGCCGUCUCGGUGACGGAGCUGCCCGCGCACCCGGGCAAGUCCACGGCCGAGGAGAUCCCAGAACCCUACGCUUCCCGGAUAGUGGGCACUUCGCGAUACUGGGAGGUCAAGGACGCCGUACCGGCGCAGUUUGCGCGCCUGGUCCCCGGAAAGCCCGUCACCAACAACUGGUACGUCAUGACGGACAUGGAGGACGGCGUCUACAUGUACCUCGAGGGCGCGCUGGGAAUCGUGUCCAAGCGAGGCGUCGUCGUCAGGGGAGGGGACGAGGAGGGUGCCGAGAACGUGGUGGUGGCGCACGAGUGCUUUGUCGAGUGCAACAGGGCGGUCAUGGGCGUGUUCAAGAGUCAGUUCGAGGAGCACUGGAGGUCGAUCCAGGAGCAAGUCGCGGAGGCGAUGGGUGGUACUGUGGUUAGGCAUUCUGGGCCUGUGCGAUGA